UCCCCUCCGGGUUUCUUUAUAAAAACCAAAACAAAGCUGUAGCUCAGACUCAAAGCUGUCACUGACAGGACAUUUGAAGAACACCCCACUAAACAGAGCAAGACAGAUGAGAGAAGAGAACUUAGACUAAACCACUCAUUAACUCUGACAUACUCUGAGGUAAAAUCAGGUGAAGAAUUCUGGACUAGAUACAAAUAUAUUCCACUGUAGCUCUGACGUGUAUGUUAGGAUUAGCAGAGCUGCAUCCUUAUAACAGACCUGGACUUUUGCUGAGCCUUUUUGCCAACUGAGGAUGGGAAAAACAGAAGCAUCUGAGAUGGAGGAGAGACCCAAAUGGGACAACAAGGUUCAAUACCUGUUAACAUGUAUUGGCUUUGCGGUGGGGGUUGGAAACGUCUGGCGUUUUCCCUACCUAUGCCAAAUCUAUGGAGGAGGUGCAUUCCUCAUCCCCUACCUGAUUGCACUGGUGUUUCAAGGCCUUCCUCUGCUCUACCUGGAGCUGGCCAUAGGACAGAGGCUCCGCAUGGGCACCAUUGGUGUCUGGAACUCCAUCUCGCCAUUAAUAGUUGGAGUCGGAAUUGCCUCCUUGUGCGUGUCAUUCCUGGUGAGCAUUUUCUACAACACCAUCCUAGCCUGGGUGCUUUGGUACUUCUUUCAUUCUUUCCAGAACCCCCUGCCGUGGACCCAGUGUCCUCUCAAUGAUAACCGCACAGAAUACAACUGGGAGUGUGAGAAGAGCACUUCAGUAAAUUACUUCUGGUACCGUGAGACCUUGAAUGUUACACCUGACAUCGAGACCAGCGGCUCCUUGCAGUGGUGGUUGGUGGUGUGUCUGGCCAGCGCCUGGUGUGUGGUCUACAUCUGCUUCGUCAAAGGCAUCAGCUCCAUGGGAAAGGCAGUGUAUGUGACAGCCACAUUCCCUUACUUGGUGCUGACUAUUUUUCUGAUCCGUGGCCUCACUUUGCCUGGAGCUACUGAUGGACUGUUGUACCUCUUCACUCCUAAUUGGGAUACACUGAAGGACCCUCGGGUGUGGUUGGAUGCUGCCACCCAGAUCUUCUUCUCUCUCUCUGUGGCCUUCGGAGGUCUCAUAGCUUUCUCCAGCUAUAAUGAAGAGAAAAACAACUGUGAGAGGGAUGCUGUUCUGGUAGGAGUGAUAAAUAGUGCAACAUCUCUUUAUGCCUCCAUUCCCAUAUUCUCUAUCCUGGGAUUUAAAGCUACCCUUGGCUACAACUCCUGUCGAACAGAAAACAUCUUGACUCUGACCAACCACUUCCACAUUUCAGACCAGAAUAUAACACUUGAUAACUAUGAUGCGUGGCUUGCCGAUCUGAAUAGUACAUUCCCAGCUCAGAUGGCUAGCUUGCAGCUGAGGGAGUGUAAUCUUCAAGACUUCCUUAGCCAGAGCGCAUCAGGUACCGGCCUGGCUUUUAUCAUCUUCACAGAAGCAGUGAUAGAGAUGCCAGGCUCACAGAUAUGGGCCAUAUUGUUUUUCGUCAUGCUCUUCAGCUUAGGCCUCUCCUCCAUGUUUGGCAACAUCGAGGGAGUCCUCGCACCCAUAAAAGACCUCAAGCUAGUACCCAAGUGGAUCCCCCAUGAAGCCUUAACAGCGAUCAUCUGCUUGAUAUCCUUCUUGACGUCUCUCAUCUUCGUACUGGGUUCGGGGAACUACUGGGUGGAGGUCUUUAACGGCUAUGUGGGCUCAGUGCCUCUGCUCAUCAUUGCGUUAUUUGAGAUUAUAGGAGUCAUAUAUAUCCGUGGAAUGAAAAAUUUUAGUGAAGACAUCUAUUUCAUGACUGGAUCAAGGCCCAACAUUUACUGGAAGGCAUGCUGGAUGGUUAUCAGCCCUGUAAUGCUCUUGGUGGUGUUCAUUGCUUAUGUGGCAGUCCAGGCAAAGACACACCCCACCUAUCCUGCAUGGAAUCCAGCUUAUGAAAAAUUCCCCCAAACUGAAGAGAAGUUUUACCCCAACUGGGUGUUUGCCAUAAUCAUCCUCCUCUGUGUGGUACCUGUGAUCUCCAUCCCUCUGGUGGCUGUCUACAGACUCAUCUGCCGUAAAAGGAGGAGGUCCACUCCCAAUGCUGACCUAAACCCCUACUGCAAUGACGGCUUUGAGGUUGAAACGCGAGAACAGAACAAGGAGUGAGCCUGCAAAUAAAAACGUUACUGGAUUCCUGGACAUAAAUGUGCCAUACAUCCUGGGGGUUA